UCGAUAAAUAUUUCUUGAAAAGUUUAUAGCGUGUAUUUAUUGACCUGGGUUGGUGGGAGUGGGUUAUUUUCAGUGAUGCGGCGUGACUAACAGCUGGCGUAGACGAAGUGGGCUUGGUUGAUAGCAAUUUGUCGUUGAUUAAUGAAACGCGAACCUCUUUAAAAACGUCUCUUCAGCUUUCCAGUUCAAACAUCACUCCAUCUGUUGAGUAAGUAGGCGGCCGGCUUCGCGCGUCUUGGAAAGUAACUGGAGAGCAACAGAGCUCCGCUCCUCUCCACUCCACUUGAGUUGCUGGGAGGAGAGGUGAGGGACGGGGCGAGGCUGUCAUGCACUUCCCCGUAAAUGUGCUGUUUUACUCGGGGGCCAUGAGGAAUUUUACCGACGAGAAUCAGUCCUUGGGUCUGAGCGCAACCGACGGCUCCAUGGCAGGCGCCGGCAACGCCAGUUCCUCAAGCAACGCCAGCGACCCUUUCGGCAGAAACGAAGACGUGGCCAAAAUCGAGAUUACAGUUCUAAGCAUCACCUUCGUCGUGGCCGUGAUCGGGAAUUUGAGCGUGCUGCUGGCGCUGUACAGGACGAAGAAAAAGAUGUCCAGGAUGCACCUCUUCAUCAAGCACCUCAGCUUGGCCGAUCUCGUAGUCGCGUUUUUCCAAGUCCUGCCCCAACUGUGCUGGGAGAUCACCUUCCGCUUCUCCGGGCCGGACUCCCUCUGCAGAAUUGUGAAGCACCUGCAAGUCCUAGGUAUGUUUGCCUCCACCUACAUGAUGGUCAUGAUGACCGUCGACCGCUACAUCGCUAUCUGCCACCCGCUGAAGACACUGCAGCAGCCUACCCAGAGAUCUUACAUUAUGAUCAUCGGCACAUGGAUAUGCAGCCUGGUGCUCAGCACGCCGCAAUAUUUCAUAUUUUCUCUGAGCGAAAUUAAAAACGGGUCGGACGUCUACGAUUGCUGGGCGCACUUCAUCAAGCCCUGGGGCAUCAAGGCGUAUAUCACCUGGAUAACGGUCGGGAUCUUCCUCAUCCCGGUUGUCAUACUCGUGGUCUGCUACGGUUUCAUCUGCCACAGCAUCUGGAAGAACAUCAGGUAUAAAACCAAAAAGCACGUCGGGGAAACUGCGUCCAAAAACGGUCUAAUUGCCCGGUCCUCCGUAAGCAGUGUCAGCACCAUUUCCAGAGCAAAACUGAGGACGGUGAAAAUGACUUUUGUGAUUGUCUUGGCUUACGUCGUCUGCUGGGCUCCUUUUUUCAUUGUGCAGAUGUGGUCUGUCUGGGAUGAAAACUUCUCUUGGGACGAAUCGGAGAACACCGCGGUGACGCUGUCUGCGCUGCUGGCCAGCCUGAACAGCUGCUGCAAUCCGUGGAUUUACAUGAUUUUCAGCGGACACCUCUUGCAAGACUUCGCCUUGUGCUUCCCCUGCUGUCAGAGGCUACAGCAGAAGUUCAGGAAGGAGGAUUCAGACAGCAGUCUCAGGAGAAACACCCUUUUAACCAGAAUCAAUAACCGGAGUCCGACAUGCAGUGUGGGGACCUGGAAAGACUACGACAAUUCGCCCAAAUCCUACAGGUCCAUUCCGGCGGAAUCCUAAAUCUGACUCCGAUUUAAUCUGUUUAUUUCAUUUUUGAUGUAUCAGUUUCGAAUUUUAACGGCGCAAGAAGAAAUUUUAUUAUUUUUUUAGAAAGCUUUACUUCAGCUAUCGGUCACCCGACGGUUACAAGCUGAGGUUGUAUUGCACAAGCCGACCUACUGUACAACCUACAGAGUUCGUUCAUUCAGUAGUAUAAUACUCCAACAGCAUAAAUGACAUACAAAAUAAAAUAUUAAACAUAUUUAGAAUUUGUGAGCAACAAGUGCAAUAUUUUAAAGCUAAGCAGCACUAGCUGUUAAACCUCUUUAUAUUUUUUUUCUCCGCGUUCAUUUCAUUCCUAUUAGAUUUCACACGUAGUAUUAUGAAUCUGAUUCAUAUCCUAUCACACGUAGGAUAUGAAUCAGAUAUGGGACUGGACCAUUAUCUCCAUAACAGUUGUACAUAUGAAGCCUGUUUGGUCUCAUUGGUUUGGCUCUGCUUUAUCUGUGAUGAAGACAAUAUGCACGUAUUUUAUAUAUGUUUUAAAUUUCGACCUUGCACCCUUGGCUAAUUAGUAAAACGCACACAUAUGCUGGUCAGUAUUGCUGACUGUGAGUGUUUGCAUGUGUGUGGACCAGCUAAAAAGUAUGCAUGGUUUUAUUUUUGGUUUUGGUGAGAAACUGUGUGUGGUUGAUUAUUUAUGGCUAACCUGUGGGAGCAAAUGAUACACCACAGAAGGUCCGUUUUUCACAUCAUAUUUGAUAGGAUUUUUUUUUUACAAAAGUGUACUUCCAACCCCAAAACAAUGCUUCACAAACUGUCAAACAUCACUAGAUAGGCAGAGUAACAUUACAAAACAUUUCCUGUUCUACUUGAGUAUGAAAAAGUCCAGAAGAAUUAUUUCAGUGUCUCAUGUUAACAAAUAAGUUGUUCGCCGAGAACAUGAAGUACAUUUGUAGCGGAGCAUUUUGGGGAGUUAUGGUGGUUUUUUAGCAUGUUAUAUUUAUAGGUUUGUUAUUCGUAUUAUUUGCUUUUUCCAGAGUCUAUUUAUUGAUUGUAUUUGGUAAAUAGUGUAUAGAGAAAAAUGUCAAAAAGGUUGUAUUCUUGAUUAUAUUAGUACAGUACAUACAAAUUUAUGUUAAAUUUAAAUAUGGGAAAUUGCUUGAAGUAAUGGUAAGUUAACUUUUCUCAGCUGCUUAAAUAAUUGCAAUUCUGUUAAGUUUGGUCCUGAAUGAAUCAAGUACUAAUGCAUUGUAUAAGACAAACGGGCACUUUAAUAACGUGGAACAAUAUUGUUUCUAGUAUCUACAUAAAAUGUCACAGGGAUUUUCAAUUAUAUUUCAUUUCAAAAGUUCAAAAUAGACUGUCGGCACAACCAGAAACUCGCAGGUGUGGUUAAUGUGUUCUUUUAAACAGAUCUCAAGAUUAAAAGUUUUGGCUUCUGCUGAAUGCGGAGUCUUGGCAAAUCUUGGAAACUGGAAGUCAAGUCGUUUUAACACAUUUGCAAAGUAAUUAGUCUGUCAGAGUGAAUAUAAGUGGCCAUUAUUUUUCAGCAUAAUAACUUUCCAUUACAAACAUUCCACCCAAAACUCCAUUAUAUUGAUUUAUUUUCUUCAAGUGAAUAUAGCUGGCCAUUAUCUUGCAUCAUAAUAACUUUUCUUUACAAAACUCUCCACACAAAAAUUCAAUAUACCUACUGUACUUAUUGUGCUGUAUGUAUUGUAAGUGGGGGCUUUGAUCAUGCAAAUGUUCCUUAACAACUCAUUGCAGUUCAUUUACUCAUUUUAAAUACAGUAGGUUUUAAAAUAUUUUGCUUGUUGCUGGUCAGUCAUUAAGAGAGCAAUGGUGUGCAAAAUAUUUCCAAAAAUAUACAAUCUUUCAAUAGAUCAAUCUUCUUAUUGCCAUAAACCCAGGGUAACUGAGAAUACUGAACUUGUCAUAUUUUUUUUAUAUGUGGCAUAGUUCAAAUAAAGCAAAAUCACUUACUCUGCAUAAGCGUCUGGACUGAUGUGCUGGGUGUGUUUUAGGCUAUUGUGUAGCCUGAUGUAACUGAAAUCCAAUCUGAACAUUAAAUAUUCUUCUUAAUGUCAAUUCAGUUACCCCAGUAAAUUCAAAUGAUGGAAAGAAAAUUUAUGGGAGGAGAAGAAUGGGGAAAUAUGGAAAACAGCUCAGAGUAUUCAAAUCUAAGCACCACAGAUUGACAAAUAAAAAGUGUCACUAAAGUAAGGGGAUAGCAGUGCAUUUUGUUCUGCAUGUGUUUACUUGGUGUUUAUUAUAUGAACAACACAUUAUCUAAAAAAAUCACAUUGCUUAACACCUGGAGAGAUUUUUUUUGUUCUCUCUUUUUGCUUUUAUUUAACAUUUCUUUAAACGACUUAUUAGUGCACAUGUGAUGUUCCUAAAGCUAUCAGAAAUCUGCAAAAACAACUUGCAAUAACAUUCUUAGGUAAAUAUCAUACUAGAAAAAACACACAGACUUUAUGCAUAUCAGUAGAUACCCAACUGUCAUAUUCCUCUCUUUUCAUUAUGAGGCCGGAAUAGCUCGGAAAUUGUAAUGAAUUUUGGCGUAACCAAAAACAUUUUAAAAAGGAAAGCUCCGCAUUAAUCGUUAGGAUUUGUACAAUAUAUAAAAUGCACUAAGAUUAUUCCAAGCAAAUGUAAAAUUGUUUUGUUUUUGACAAGUUCUGUGCAUACUUUUUUUGUGGUGGUCUCUACUUUUACUUUGUAUGCAAUAAAAAAGAGAAAUAUCUUAAGCAUCUAAAGACAAAAAUAAAAACUCUAUAUGGACAGGGCCUAUACUGUUAUGUUUCUAUUGAUUUAAAAUGAAGAUUUUAUAGUGCCUAAAUGACUAUAUGUGUAGCUGUAUAAUGUAGCUAUCUUGGGAAGAUGUCAGACAUUAAAUUAAAUAUACAUGUGAUCAUCUUUUGAGUUAGUUAGAAAAUCUUACUAGCAUUUAAUAAUAAACAAGCGCAGAAUAUCCACAAUUCAUACUAUGGGUGUGAGCUAUGUGUACUGUAGUAUUUUCUUACUGUGGCUAUCUCUGUUAUUUUCCUCAUUUCUUGGUCAGUUUUAUGCAGCCUAGGACAAGUUAUAAGUACAGAGACAGAGUGUUUACUCUUCAAGAGUUAAUCGACAGCCCAUGAAGGUCCAAUACCAUACAUGCGUUUGCUGGAGACUGCACCUUCAUACAUACUUUACUCAUUCUUGAAAGAUGCUUGUUUUCCUAAUAUUUAUUUUGUUAGCAUACACAGAGAACAAUAAAACUAUUUUAAGCUUCACAGCAGCCAUGAGAAGGAGAUUACAGUGCUCUUUAAAGCCUUGGGGAAAAAAAAAACACAUCAUUGGCCAAUUAAAAAGCAAUGCCAUACAGAAAAUGACUUGGGUAAUAUCUUUUUUGACACAUAACAAUGGCCUAAAGGAGUGAUAAUUCUCAGUGUCUGACCAUGCUUCAUUAUGAUCAUAAAUGUCAAAUGCAGCACAAUCGGAUUUGCGCCCUUUUGGAAUUGAAUUAUGAGGUUUUUGCAGACUAAAAUCCAAUGCAGUCGAGAAAAUUGGACACGGAAAUGGUCCUAACCAUACUGUCUUUUAAUUCUGCCAAAAGAUAACCGGACUCCCUAGGAGAAAAUAUGAAAGCUGUUCCCUUGUGACAGAGGAGAAGGGCUUGAAAGAAAUACUAAUUUCAGUACUACAGGUCCUGGAGGUUUUCAAAGAUAAGUCAAUUUCUUGCUCUUUGGGUAUCACUCAGAAUUACUUCUGUAUGUGUUACUUCUUGCUUUUGUGGAAUAGAAUGUCAAUACAUGGUUUUCACUCUGGUUAUCAACCAUCUUCCAAAGACAUGUUCAGUCAGACUUGAUUGCACUGGUUCCAUUUUUCUUGACCCUGCGGUAGACUGGUCUUCAAUCCAUGGAGAGGGACAGCACCAUGCUGAUGACGUCUUGUUACUUAUUGAUACCUACAAUUCAGUCCCCUACAUUCUAGACUUAUAUGAUUACAAAUCCUAUUUUUGUAAACUCCGUUGAAUGCUACAGU